UAUUUUCUCUCACCUCUGACUGAGUCAGCUUGUUGAAUAAGUGGCCAAAUUACAACUCUGAUGCGCAUGGAGUGGAAGUUUUAUAUGUGUUCAUUGAAUUUAUUAAAUGUUAUCCCAGGCCGCGUUUAAUGGACAGAUGUUCAAAGUCACAACUGGCACGAUCCACUGUCAGCGCUUAUUUACAUUUGUUAAACGCCGAUAAAUAACCGUAUUCCUACGACACCUUGCGGCAUGGCACAUCCCAGCCAGAUUUCAGAUGAAUUGGAGAAGUACAUCCUGAAAAAUGCACCACCUACUGUAUACUACAUACCUGACUUCAUAACUGAGACGGAAGAGGAAUAUCUUUUACAACAGGUGUACAAUGCCCCAAAACCAAAGUGGACACAGUUGUCUAGGAGGAGACUACAAAACUGGGGUGGAUUGCCCCAUCAGAAGGGAAUGUUUGCAGAGAAGCUUCCUGAUUGGUUGCUCAAAUACACAGAGAAAAUAUCAGCCCUCGGUGCAUUUGCUGGGAAGACAGCAAAUCAUGUGUUGGUGAAUGAGUACAAACCAGGGGAAGGUAUUAUGCCUCAUGAGGAUGGGCCAAUGUAUCACCCCACAGUGACCACCAUUAGCUUGGGCUCACACACAUUACUGGACUUCUACAGACCUAUCAGUCAAACAGAGUUGGAAGUCCCUCAGACAGAGGAGAGUCGCUAUGUGCUGUCAUUGUUGCUACAGCAACGAAGUCUGCUGAUCUUACAGGGUGAUAUGUAUGAGCGUUACCUCCAUGGCAUCCGCGAGGUCAUCACAGAUACCCUGACGGACAGUGUAGCUAACCUCUCCUGUGCAGGCGGUCACGCGGGGGAUGUUUUACCCCGGGGCACAAGAGUGUCCCUCACCAUUCGACACGUCCCCAAAGUUAUCCGAGCACCUCUGAUGCUUGGCAGGAAGUGACACUCACACA